AUGGGUGACGCAGGAUAUGUUGUCGAGCAGCAAUGGCAUUCCCAACCACGCAAUAUCCGUGUAGUCUGUGUGGGGGCAGGGGCGGCCGGGGUGAUGGUUGCGUAUAAGUUGAAACGGAACUGCGAGAAUUUUGACUUGGCCAUCUAUGAUAAAAAUCCCGAAAUUGGUGGAACUUGGUAUGAAAAUCGAUACCCAGGCUGUGCUUGUGACGUGCCGGCACAUGUCUAUACAUAUCCCUUUGAGCCGAAUCCGAACUGGUCGAAGUUCUAUGCUGGGUCGGCCGAAAUCCAACAGUACUUCAUCAAUUUCGUAGACAAGUAUGAACUCAAUCAGUACAUCCACCUCAACCACACCAUACGUUCAGCCCGAUGGAUUGAAGACAAAGGCAUCUACGAAGUGGAGAUUGAAACCCAGGGUGGAACUAUCACAGAUUGGGGUCAUCUCCUCAUCAACGCUACCGGAACAUUGAACAAGUGGAAGUGGCCAGAUAUUCCAGGUCUCCAUGAUUUCAAAGGAAUCCUGGUCCAUAGUGCGAGUUGGGAUCCCAAUAUCUCCUGCCGCAACAUGAAAGUUGCGGUGAUCGGGACAGGUUCUUCUGCCAUUCAGAUAAUCCCUCAGAUUCAACCAUCCGCCAGCCACAUCACUACAUUCAUGCGAUCCGUGACGUGGAUAUCACCACCCAUAGCAGAGGACAUGCUCAAGGACAGAAAUCCCGAAGCUGAGACUCUUGACGCAGACGAUCGGCCACAGCACCGGUAUACGGAGGAAGAGAUCCGACGAUUUAAUGAAAACCCCAAAGAGUUUCUCGCCUAUCGUAAAGAACUCGAAUCUAGGUUCAACAUCAUGUUUGACGUCUUUAUCGCCGGCUCGGAGGUAUCAAAACAGGCUCAGCAGACAAUGAGAAAGGAAAUGCUUCGCCGCAUUGGGACUGGCAACGACGACCUUAAGCAACACUUGAUUCCUUCCUGGCCACCUGGGUGUCGCCGGAUGACACCCGGCGAAGGAUACUUGGAAGCCCUGACCAAGCAGAACGUUACUCGAGUGUACGACGAGAUCGCAAAGGUCACACCGCAGGGACUCGUGGACGCUACAGGAAGACUGCACGAAGUAGACAUAAUAGUAGCUGCGACGGGAUUCGACGUCACGUUCAAGCCGUCCUUCCAAAUUUUGGGCGUGGAUGGUGUCUCCAUGGAGGCAGAAUUCGAGCGGACGGGAAUCCCCAGUGUCUACUUGUCCAUGACAGUUCCAAAGUUCCCAAAUUACUUCACCAUCAACGGGUUUAGAGGAAGCUGGGCGACCGGCACGGCUUUGAACUCGCACGAGGCGUGUGUCAACUACAUUGUUCAGUGCCUCAACCGCAUCCAAAACGAGGAUAUCCGGGCGUUGGAGGUGAGGCCAGAGCCCGUCGAAGAUCUCUAUCAACACACAGAUGAAUGGCAUAAAUGCUCGGUCUGGAAUGCCGAAUGCAAGAGCUGGUAUAAAAGUAGCACUCCAGAACGUAAGCUGAUCAUAUGGGCGGGCUCGAAUCUGCAUUUUCUCAAGAGCUUAGAAUUCGUCCGGUGGGAACACUAUAAAUUCCGGUACAACACCAGGAACAUGUGGGCAUUUCUGGGCAACGGCCGAGUGAAGGCUGAAAUUACCAAGGAUGUAGCAAAGCUCACACCAUAUAUUCGAAAUUCUGAUGAGCCAUGGAGCAUCGAGUAG